GUAAUGAUUGAUGUAUCGCAGACGGGAUGUUGAGAAAGUAAUUCAUUUUUAUCCAUUUUAGCAUGUAAUUUGCAUCGAAUAGAAAAUUAAAGUACGUUUUCGUGUCUUGAGAAUGCCCCUUUCGUUGGGAAUAGUGAGUGAGUGCCAAAGUAUUAGUUGUCCAGUGUUAAUACGUUGGGAAUCUGUGAUUAACAAUAUGUAUGGCUGUGCCUAUUUAAAGUGAUUUUAUGAGUGUUUUAUAUAAACAACAAGCAGAAUGCCGAGAGGUGAGAAUAGGCCGAGCGUCCUAUUGUCUCGGGAAGAGAAUGAACAGGUGUUUAGUCUCAUAGGUCCUAAAUGUCAGAGUCUAGCAACAGCUGUAGUACAACUGUUCACCACAGAAGGGCCAGGCCACACAGAAUGGAAGAAGAAGGACACAGGUGUACUCUGCUUGAUAAAGGACAACAGCAAAAGAUCGUACUUCUUCAGGAUCUAUUGCCUAUACAGAAAGACAAUGAUAUGGGAACAUGAGGUGUACAUGCAGAUAGAGUAUAAGAGUCCACGGCCAUAUUUACACACGUUUGAAGCUGAGGAAUACAUGACGGCAUUCAACUUCGCCAACGAAGAUGAAGCUAAAGUGCUCCGGAAUAUACUCAUCGAGAAAAUCGAACUGCGGAAACAGAGGCGGGAAGAGCGGAGACAGCGCUCCAUGCUAGCGGCGCGCGCGAACAGCUCGGCGUCCAGCACGCCCAACCUGUCAGCGCGCGUCAACGGCGUGUCGGCCGCGCACGCGCCGCCCGCGCCCGCGCCCGCGCCGGCGCCCGCGCAGCUCAAGAGCAACGCGGUGUCCGGCAGUGGAUACACACUGAAAGGCAAGAAGCAGAAGGCGAGAAAACUGACGAAGGCGGACAUCGGUGCGCCGCAGGACUUCAAGCACAUAUCGCAUGUGGGGUGGGAUGCCGAUAAAGGCUUCGACGUGGACAACCUGCCCGAGGCGGAGAUGAAAUCGUUCUUCUUCAAGGCGGGCAUCAGCGACUCGCAGCUGCGGGACCACGCGACGAGACAGUUCAUAUACGACUUCAUCAACAGGAACGGCGGGCUGGAUGCGGUCAAGGAGGAGCUGCAUGAUGCUGCGCCUAAAGCGUCCCGCGCGCCGCCGCCGCCGCCCGCGCGCGCCGUGCCGCCGCCGCCGCCGCCGCCCGCCGGCCUCGCGCGCAACCCGCCGCCGCGCCCGCUGCAACCGCCGUCGGCCGCGCCGCCGUCAGUGCCGCCGCCCCCGCCGCCGAGCGCCGCGCCGCCGCCCCCGCCGCCGCCGCCGCCCGCGCCCGCGCCCCCGCCCGCCGCGCCGCACGCCCCCGCGCCCCCCGCGCCGCCGCCGCCGCCCGACGCGCCCGCCGACGCGCACGACCCGCGGGCCGCGCUUAUGGAGAGCAUACGCAACGGGAGCAAGACGCUGCGGCAUGUUGAAGUUGGAUCCAAGUCUUCACUCAAUGACGAUAAUAGGAGUAAUUUGCUGAGUGAAAUUCGACAGGGCAUCAAUUUGCGCGCCGUGAACCGCGUGUCCGGGCCGGUGGAGGAGCGCGCGCCGGCGUGCGGGCUGGCGGGCGCGCUCGCGAAGGCGCUGCAGGAGCGCGCGCGCGCGAUACACUCGUCCGACUCGGAGGACAGCCAGACCACGAGUGACGGCGAGUGGGACGAUUAGAUGCGCGCCUGGUUUGAAUUUCGAACGCCAUCUAGACUACGUAUAUACUGCGCUGUCCAACGAUUAUUGUAUGCAAACAGGAUAUCGAGCAUUUCAACAAAAAACAACCAAGAACCAAUGUAAUGUUAACAUAAUAUAUAAAAUAUUUGUUUACUUUACCAAUUCUGGCUCAGAUUUAUUGAAUAACUGCUUAUAUUAUAUUAUUACAAAGACUAACUCCUCUUUUCGAUUCCUUUGCACUGUUUUAACUUUAUUUAUAUAACUGAAUAUCAGUAUUUACAAAUGUAAACACAAAUAGAAUAACAGUAAAGUGUAAGUAACUGCCGUUAUAUUAAAACAUGUGAAAUCAUUUUGAUUAUCUCGUCAAUGUAACACUUACAUAUAGCCUAUUUCAUUCAGCUUCAACUUUACAAAUUUUUAGCUUCCUACUAGAGAAUUCUCAGGAUCAGUCCAGUAGUUUGGUACAAACAACCAGUCUUUCGUCUGUAUCAUAUUGUUAUAGUGUAUUUUCAAAUAUUUAUCUAUAUUCUUCGUUUCAUCAUAAAUUUCCAAUUUAAUUGCUCAAUCAAGACAAUUUUCAUAAUAUACAAUAGUUAUUGACUUUUUUUGUAUUUUAGCCUCUUUAUCUUGUUGAGAAUGUAUCUCCUACUCUUAGACUAUCCUUUGUAAGUUUCUUAUAGAAAAAUGUAAUCAGUAAAAAUGUAUUAGUAUGAUAUUGUAAACCGGAUAACAGUUUAACUGUAACAAAAGCACAUUAAAUGUGUCCUUUCCUGCCCAAAUUGUCCUUUCCUCAUUUAUUCAUAACUUCGAGCCAAUAUAAAAUGGCAAUUAAAGUAUAUUUAAUAAUUUUAUAAUGAUAGUUUUAACGAACUGUUACUUUAGUUUCUGUAUAAUGUGUACAUAGUUUUUCAUUAGGCGGAUUGACUGAAGAAAAACAUUGGUGAUAAUAUUAGAUUUUAAAUAAUUCAAGAUAUUAAUGGAUGGUCAGAGAACAUGCAUUCGGUCAGCAUUUUGAUUUUGAUGUAUUCUGAAAAUGUAUAAAGCCGUAUGUAUCAAAGCCAUGUCAUUUGAAUAAAAAUUUUGUUUUCGUAGAUUAUUAACAUAUUAGUUAUGAAUACAUUUAGGCCACUUAUACCUUUGUUUGUAUGCAAUAGUGCCGUGUGUCUAAGUGCUUCUUGUGAUGGUUACUAAGUCUGCAAUCGUCAUAUAUUUGUUAUUUAGUGAUUAUUCAAAAUAUUUUUUGUAAUAUGCGAGGUUAUAAGUGUUUUUUGUAAUUAAUUAUAAUUAUAAGAUGUUCAACGAUAGUAAGUAUUUAAAUUUGUACUAUUGAUAGUUUAUACUUUGUAAUCACAAAUACGUUUAAUAAUUUUAAAUUAAAAGCUGACAGUUUUUUUUUUCAUGAAAUUGUAAACAUUAAAAGCAAUUGUUUCUUGCAUAUUAAUUACAUACUUGGUACUACAAAUAAUAAUUCGCCUUUUGGAUGCCUCUAGGUUUGAAAUUGCAAGAAUGUGGUUUAUAUAAGUGCUAUAACACACAUGAUAUAAAUGUACGAAAUUGACUCGGAACGCAUAUAUCAAUUUAAUGAUAAAUGAUAAAAAAAAAAAAUAUUUUUAUAUAAUUAGUUUUGUAUUGUUGUCGGUGUGUAAGUACGACGGUGACUAAUGAAUUACACAUGUAACACUUCGUUGACAUAAUAAAUUAUUAAUAAAUAUAA